GUGGGGUCGGUGGCUGCUGGGCGGGCGGGGCGCAGGCCGCGGGGCCCUAGCCGGGGGGAGCGAGCGAGCGGAGGCGCCGGGGACCCGAUUCACUCGCUGGGGAGACCUAUGGGCCGAAGCCGUGUAAAUGCGUUUUAAGCAGGGGCCUCGGCUCCGCAACUGCCACUCCCCCUCGGGGUGUUGCACAAGUUUCGAGGUCUCCGGCGACCCCCCCUAGCAGCACGCCUGGCUCUGGCCCCCGCGAAGGAGGACGGGGCUUGUGUGUUGCAUACUUUCUAAGGCGGCGGCUGCGGCAGGGGCGCCAUCCAGGUUGCUGGCUGCUGUUCCUCAGCAUGGCUGGCUACCUGAGGGAAGCGGACUUUGUGAUGGUGGAGGAGGGCUUCAGCACGCGCGACCUGCUGGAGGAGCUCACUCUGGGGGCCUCGCAGGCCACCGCGGGUGAGGUGGCUGCCUUCUUGGUGGCUGACCUGGGUGCCGUGGUGAAGAAGCACUUCUGCUUUCUCAAGUGCCUGCCGCGAGUCCGGCCCUUCUACUCGGUCAAGUGCAACAGCAGCCCAGGCGUGCUGAAGGUCCUGGCUGAAUUGGGACUGGGCUUCAGCUGUGCCAACAAGGCAGAGAUGGAGUUGGUCCAGCACAUUGGUGUCCCUGCCAGUAAGAUCAUCUAUGCCAACCCUUGUAAGCAAAUCUCACAGAUCAAGUAUGCUGCCGAGCACGGGGUCCAGCUGCUGAGCUUUGACAACGAGAUGGAGCUGGCGAAGGUGGUGAAGAGCCACCCCAGUACCAAGCUGGUUCUGUGUGUUGCCACGGCCAACUCCUACUCCACAAGCCAGCUGAGCCUCAAGUUUGGAGCAGCACUGACGUCCUGCAGACACCUGUUGGAAAAUGCCAAGAAGAGCCACGUGGAGGUGGUGGGGGUGAGUUUCCACAUCGGCAGUGGCUGUCCCGACCCUCAGGCCUACGCCCAGUCCAUCGCGGACGCCCGGCUGGUGUUUGAAAUGGGCUCUGAGCUGGGCCACAGGAUGCACAUACUUGACCUCGGCGGUGGCUUCCCUGGCAUAGAGGGGGCCAAAGUGAGAUUCGAAGAGAUGGCUUCUGUGAUCAACUCAGCCUUGGACCUGUACUUCCCAGAGGGCUGUGGCGUGGACAUCCUUGCUGAGCUGGGCCGUUACUACGUGACCUCUGCCUUCACCGUGGCGGUCAGCAUCAUCGCCAAGAAGGAGGUUCUUCUGGAUCAGCCCGGCAGGGAAGAGGAAAAUGGUCCCACCCCCAAGACCAUCGUGUACCACCUUGCUGAUGGCGUGUAUGGGAUCUUCAAUUCGGUCCUGUUCGACAACGUCUGCCCCACCCCCAUCCUGCAGAAGAAACCACCCACGGAGCAGCCCCUGUACAGCAGCAGUCUGUGGGGCCCAGCGGCCGAUGGCUACGACUGCGUGGCUGAGGGCCUGUGGCUGCCGCAACUACACGUAGGGGACUGGCUGGUCUUUGACAACAUGGGCGCCUACACUGUCGGCACGGGUUCCUUCCACAAGGGGACCCAGGCCUGUCGCAUCACCUACACCAUGUCCCGGGUGGCUUGGGAAGCACUACGAGGGCAGCUGCUGCCUGCAGACCAGGAGGAGGACGCCGAGGGCAUGUGCAAGCCUCUGUCCUGUGGCUGGGAGAUCGCUGACACCCUGUGUGUGGGCCCUGUCUUCACCCCGGCGAGCAUCAUGUGAGCGGGCCCCGUUCCCCCCCGGAGAACUCCAGCGGGGCCCCAGCAAUGCCUCUGGGAGAGGUGGGGCAGGCGGCGUGCAGAGCAGCACCCUGUGGCCAGGACAGUGGUGUUUGCUGUGCCGCCCCCACGCUCCAUCCGUAGUUUCUGCCCUGUAUAUAGGACCAGUCUUACACUCGCUGUAGUUGAAGUAUGCAACAUAAAUCCUGUCCCUUC